CCAUGAUGCAACAAGGUCGUCCAGCAGGCCCCGGCGGUGGUGGAUCGAAGCAAUGGGUGGAACUUCAGUUGCUUUGUCGCGGAAACAUGGGCAAGUCACGCAUCCUUCAGAGUCUUUUGGCAUAUUACCAGAAGGUAUCACCACAUCUGCAGCAACAAGCCCUUCCUACGGUCCCCGAUCUCACGCUCAACAUCCCACGGAGUAUCGACCUUGUUCAGUUGUACGAAGAAGUGGUAGACAAAGGCGGGUACGACGCUGUCUCUAAGAACGCUCGUUGGCCAAGUGUCGCCCUCUCCAUGAAGUUGAAAAUCGCCCCGACCAAACUCCAAGCUUUAUACGCUACGUGGCUGCGAGGUUUUGAAGCCCACCAGAUCGGGCCAAAGCGACAUCGUGACACCAGUGAUGAAACAACCGAACCGAUCGCAACGCAUGCAGAGAUUCAACUCACCACGAGCGUCCGCCAGACACCGCUCCCAGUCGUCACCAAGCGAUUGAAGACUCAUCGCAACCAACUCUCCGAUUUGGGCGUGAUGCAUCGAUUCGUGCUCGCGCUAGACUCGAAUUUGCCCGAUCACGUCGAGUGGGCGCUCAACCAACUCAUCGUGCUCUCGUUCGGGUCGCCCAAAGACCCCGACUGUGACCUCCUUCUCGCACAUGUUCCUGGUCUCCUUGACGCUCUUCUCCGCCAAAUCCAUCUCUCUUCGACGCAUGCCGACCCAUCUCUCCUGUCCUCAUCCAUGAACCCCGAUGACGUCAAUGAUGUCAGUGUUUUCGAGCAUCCUGUGAUGCAAGCCGAUCGAACUUGCCGCGUCCUUCAUAUUCUUCGCAACCUUGCAAUGAUCCCCGACAACCAGACCGUUCUGGCAUCGCACUCAGCGGUCCUGGAUCUGCUGCCUGUUGCCCUCAAGCAAUCCCAACCCGACAUGCCUGCUCGAGAAGCUGUCGAUCUCCUGUGGGACAUCGCCGUGCAGCUGGCGUCGCACAAUACGCCGUCUCCUUCAAUCCCGAACUCCACCACUGUCUCGGACGCUCUAAUCGACGUCGUUGUGGGCACACUGCUCGACUCUUCUGAGCAUCGCGCGACCGUGCUGCGGGCCGCGCAGGUGCUUGCGCAGUGGCUAAAAAGGCGGUCCACUGCUUGCGCUGACCGCAUCCUGCGCCAUGCUUCGUUCCGGUUGCUCUUGGCGCGCAUUGUCGAGGGGUGCAGCCGAAACCGCCAGGACGGGUGGCUCCAAGACGACGACGACGACGACGACGUCGCGGCGGGGCAAUGUCAGUAUGACAAUGACGAUGACGACGAGAAUAUCCAUUCGAAUGGCGACGAUGAUCCUUACGGCGACCUCGACGAGGCGCUGCCAACGUGGUCAGGGCCGUGGGAGGAAGGCCAGGCAUCAUACACCUCUGAAGUCGGCGCGAACAUGGGGAUGGUAUUUGCCUCCAAGGGAUGGGACGGCGAGCCAGAGUCGAAAAACAUCGACGUGGAGGUUCGCGACUGCAUGCUUCAUCUUCUUUACCUCCUCACGGAUCGCCACGACGUUGUGCGAGUCGCAGUUGCAACGCUGCCCGCUGCUAUGCGACGUCUUGUUGUUGUCAUGACGUCGUGCAUCGGUCGAGCAGAAUCGGCACGGCUGGCUGUGGGAGUAUUGUCGAAUUUAGCAUUGGCCCCUGCGACGCUGCCGUACUUUCUCCCGGUUGAAAAGGAGUUGGUACUCGUUGCCAUGUCCGACCCGAGUCUGGCGGACAUGCUUGCAAACAUCCUGGUUGACGUGUACGGAAUGAACUCCCUCUAAAAUUCAGCUCAACCAUACCAUAGCCAUUGAAUAGUGCGUUAACAUACACGCAUAUGAGCGCAUUGGCACCGAAGAUGCGCCGCGCAGUUGUGUAGCAAGGUCUUUCUUCGUCGUGCUCAUGUGCCGCCGCAGUCGCUACAUAUUGGAUUGUGCUCACCAAUCGGACUUACUCAUGUGGC